GUUGUGUGCGUCUUCGAACGUUUCGUUUGUCAGAGCAUAUCAAAGAUUUUCAAUAUUCAGAAUUCUUAUUGAUUAUUGAAUAUUGUUGUUGCUAUUUUGUUUUUUGUUUUUUUUGUGCUGGCUGCUAAUACUGCUGAUAACUUGUUGUUGUUUACACUUUGAAAAAAAAAAUGUUAAAAACUCGCACAUGGAUCACGUUAUCUUUCGGUUUACUAUUUUGCUCGAGCUUCCACAGAGCGUUAGCAGAAGAUGAGGAUAAUGAAUCUACAGAGUCCGAUGAGGCGAAAGACGAACAUAAUGUACGCGUAACCGAGAGUCGUUUAGCUGCACAACUCUUCGCCAUACUUGAGCAUUACAAGCAAGAAGACCCAUUGGGUUUCCCUGGCGCACCGAUUCCAGAUCCAAUGGAGGUGCCGGAUAUUCGUAAAAGCGUCGGUAUGGGUACGUUGAGUAUGUCGAAAGUGAAGGCGUAUGGAUUGUCCAAGUUUCGUAUCGACUCGAUAGAUGCGGAUUUAAAAGAAAUGGUGGUCGAUGCCGGCAUACAAUUGGAUGAGAUGGACGUAAAGGGAUUGUACACGCUCAAUGCCCUCUUCUCCCGAGCUAAUGGUCCGUUCACUGUUGUGCUUAAAAACGUCUUUGUCAAGGCGCAUGCCACACUGGCUGUUGAAAGGGAUGGCCGCUUAACUACGGAACGUAUUAAAAUGGAUAUUACCUUCGGUGAUAUGACUACGGAUUUCCAGAAUUUAGGAUUUAUGGGCAACUUAUUCCAGAGUAUUGUAAACUCAGCGCCCACACUCGUUUUCGACGCCAUGAAACCAUUCAUGCUGCAAGAAGCGGAUAAGAAAUUGCGUGAUGAGAUAAAUGGAAAUCUGGAAAAAAUUUUAGGGGACAGACGCCUGCCUAACUCGAUUUCUCCACUCGAUAUGGCCAUAGCCGAAAGUCGAAGGGAAGUGCGUAGCAGGGGCUAUGAUCCCUACCAUUUGCCUGACUAUAAUCGUACCGCUGGCAUAUUUACCUUUCAGCUUGUGAACUCUUGGAUUUGGGGUGUGGCGAGUUUCUAUCGUGUGGGUGAUAUGUCGGUAUCGAUGCAAAACAACACAAUCAAAUUGCACUUCCAUGUGGGCACACAGGAGAUAGCUGGCGAAAGUCAUUGGGAAAUCGAUUUUGGUUUGGCAUCGCGUACAGGAACAUUUAAAUUCUCGAUUCAAUAUAUUCGCUUGACGGUGGAUGUCAGCCAAGCUUUGGAUACACGUAAGCGGCCACGUAUCAACGAUCUACAAAUCGAUUUGGGUAAUAUGCAAGUGCGCAGUGACGGCGCCGGUACAUUGGAUUAUAUUGCAGAGGCUGCUGUCAAUAUUUUACCUAAUUUAUUGCGUUAUCAAAUCAUGGAUGUACUAGAAAACCCCAUUAAGAUGCGUAUACAGGAGAAAUUCGAUACAAUUGAUGUAGAAAAGGCAAUCAAGGAUAACAUUGAGAAGUUCGAGACUAUGGGUAGUGACUUUUCAUUUGACUUUAAGUUAUAAAUGGAAAAUAUUUACUUUUACAUAUAUUUGUAUGUAUGUAUUUAGAGAAUUCGCUUUUAAAUAAAUGUAAGCUGAAGGGCUUUUGUGCUGCUAAAUAUUGUUUAAAGAUCGUAAUUACAUAUGGCGUAAAUAUUAAGUGUAAGGCGUAGCCAGCUGUGCCUGUGCGUAGCUACCGUUAUAGGUUGUAUUAAGCUAGGUCGAUAUACAUAAGAAGUGUUUUCAACACCGGUUAACAAAAUAAAACAAAAACAUGCGCGCAAUUAUUAUUUAAAUUAUAUUAAAAUAAUUAAGAUCCAUCAUUUACACACCAACACACCAAAAGCAGCUCAGUAGGUUAGAUCUCUAGAUUAUGUACACAACAUAAUUAUUAUUUGUUUUUAACUACGAGUACAUACAUAUGUAGGUAUGGAUGUACAUACAGCCAUGGACAGAUAAAUAGCAUAAAUGUAAACCUUAUAUGUUAAGUUAAUUUUUUAGUACGAACUCUGCUUUGAUCAAAUAAAUUUGUUUGUUUGCAUUUAUUACCGUUAUUAGGCUUACAUUUAUGCAAGGAAUUUACCGUUUUUUUUCGUUGGAUUUUUUUGCGUUCCUAUUCCUUUAUGCUUAUUGCUGUUUUGAAGUGGACACAAAAAUAGCACAUUUUAACUUAUGCAGCGAAGAGUAAAACUUUAAUAUUGUUUCAGCGAUUUUUAGUAUAAUUUUUUGUUUCUUAAAUAAAAUUUUAAAGUAAUUACUAAAAAUGGGGCGUGGAAAACAUUGCACGCCGGAGAAAAGAGUUCUUAUAUACCGUAGGAGUCAAAACGCAAAAGGCUAUGCAGAAAUAGCUUAAAUGAUGAUGUGCUCUCUGAAAAUGGUUUAUAAUGCUCCUAAUUUAGCUAAGAAAGGUUCAUCUUAUCUAAGCAAAAAAACAGAAAGAAAACCAAAGCCGCGAAAAACUGAUGUUAAUGUGGCUAGAGCUAUAAUACGCAAGAGCAAAGUAGACCCUUUUACAGGUGUCCAGAAAGGCGACUUAACGAAGCCCAGUUGCUUGACCGCAUAAGACAUAUCGAACACCGACUUGCCUUUGCAAAAGCCCCCAAAGCCAAAUCUAUUCAGUUUUGGAAAAACGUACUUUGGACCGACAAAACGAAAAUAAAUAGGAUGGGACCAGAUGGGAAAACUAUUGUACGUCGUCCAAAAAAUCAAACGCUAAAUCCUAGGUUCACAAAAAAGAUGAUUAAACACGGCGGCGGAAGCAUCGUGGUUUAGGGAGCUUUUUCCUGGCAUGGUGUUGGGCCGAUUAUUCGCGUGGUUGGUAAAAUGGAUAGAUUUAAGUAUCUGGAUAUACUUCAAAAUAAAAUGGAGCCUUUUGUGUUUGAGUUUAUGCCAUUAAAUUGGACAUUUGUGCAGGACAAUAAUCCAAAGCAUACUGCAAAGACAGUGAAGCAAUGGCUCAGAAGAGAAAAAACUAAUGUAAUGGAUUGGCCGGCGCAGAG